AUGGUGUACAUCCGGCAGCAUCAACUGCCCAAAUUGCGGGAAUACCGCUAUGCGGGUGUCGACCACUCGCUGAUAAGCCGAUACGUCCUGAAACCAUUCUAUAACAAUGUCGUGAUCAAGUGUUUCCCCAUGAGCAUGGCUGACGCUUCUUCAUUUCAACCGGUAUCCGGCCUGGCUAACAGCCUGCUUGCCUUAGUCCUAACGCCCUGCGCCGUGGGAUUGUUCUUGUAUCAGACCUUCGACGGAGUAGACGGUAUUCAAGCACGGAGAACUAAGCAAAGUGGUCCUCUGGGCGAGUUGUUCGACCACAGUGAGGCAAACCUACCCUUGUAUGGCAAACUGAGACUAAUUCAUGUUUCAACCUACAGGCGUUGA